AUGAUGCUGUGCUACACUUUUCUGUAUCACUUGCUGUCUUUGGCAGCGAUUGUCGUGAUUGUAAGCUGCGGAGCUGGCGAGCAGAGGAGAGGAACGGAUAGUAGUACAGGUGGCAGUAGCAACACCGGAGGAAGCGGUAGCAGACGAUUUCAUAAGAUCCAGCACGGCCAGUGUACCUACACCUUCAUUCUCCCUGAAGGAACGGAGGAUUCCUGUCGAGAGGCAAAAGGUGGAAGCCCGCAGUAUAAUGCUAAUUCUCUCCAGAGAGAUGCACCGCCACCUGAUACAGACUUUCCGAAACAGAAGAUCCAGCAGCUUGAACAUAUUAUGGAGAAUUACACACAGUGGCUACAGAAGAUUGAGAAUUACAUCAAAGAAAGAAUGAAAACAGAAAUGGCUCAACUGCAACAGAGCGCCGUUCACAACCACACGGCGGCCAUGUUGGAAAUGGGUACCAACAUUCUGUCUCAAACCGCAGAACAAACACGGAAGCUGACGGAUGUUGAAACGCAGGUUUUAAAUCAAACAUCAAGGCUUGAGAUCCAGCUGCUGGAAAAUUCUCUUUCCACUAACAAGUUGGAGAAGGAGUUAAUGGUCCAGACCAAUGAGAUCACCAAGCUCCAUGACAAAAACAGCCUCCUUGAGCAGAAGAUGUCAGAGAUGGAGAUGAGGCACCGUGAAGAAUUGGAGACUCUAAAGCAGGAGAAGGGACGUCUCCAUCUUCUUGUUGGUCAGCAGAGCGGGGUUAUUAAAGAGCUUGAAUCCCAGUUGAGUCGGGCCACAGGAAAUAGCACUGCCCUGCAAAGACAACAACAGGAGAUGAUGGACACUGUCCACAACUUACUCAACCUUUGCUCCAAAGAUGGAGUCCCGAAGGUCCUGGAUGAAGAAAAGAAGUUCCGCGAUUGUGCCGACCUUUACCAGGCUGGCUUUCAUAAGAAUGGCGUCUACAACAUCCAGAUCAACCAGCAGGAGAACAAAAGGGUGUAUUGCAACAUGGAAACAGCUGGCGGUGGAUGGACGAUCAUCCAGCGGCGGGAAGACGGCAGUGUGGAUUUCCAGAGAACGUGGAAGGAAUACAAAAUGGGUUUUGGAAGCACAUCUGCAGAGCACUGGUUGGGGAAUGAAUACGUUUAUCUGUUGACCAGCCAAAGGCAGUACAUUCUCCGCGUCGAACUGACAGACUGGGAUGGACACCAGGCCUUCUCACUAUAUGAUCGCUUUCAAAUUGGCAGCGAGAAACAGAACUACAGGCUGUUCCUGAAAAGUCACAGUGGGACGGCAGGCAGACAGAGCAGUCUAGUGAUCCACGGAGCAGACUUCAGCACCAAGGACAUGGACAAUGACAACUGCAUGUGCAAGUGCGCCCUUAUGUUCACCGGCGGUUGGUGGUUUGAUGCUUGCGGCCCUUCCAACCUGAACGGCAUGUACUUUGUGCAAGGGCAGCACAUAGGGAAGGUAAAUGGUAUCAAGUGGCACUACUUCAAGGGUCCCAGCUACUCACUACGAGCCACAGCCAUGAUGAUCCGCCCGCUAGAGUUCUCCUAG